GACGAAGGGCAGAGGUUUAAGAAGUUGAUAAGAGAGUCGUUUGAUCUGAGUGGGACGACGAAUCCGGUGGAUUUCCUGCCGGUGCUGAGGUGGGUCGAUUUCAGUGGGCUUGAGGGAAGGAUGUGGGCCGCUCACAAAGGAACCGACGAGUUCUUCCAACGUUUGACUGAGGAGCACCGGAGUAGCUAUGGAGAGAGGGAAGGCAGCAACGAGAAGACGAUGAUCGAUACUAUGUUGAGUCUGCAGGAAGCUGAGCCUCAAGUCUACAUCGAUGAGAUCAUCAAAGGCCAGAUUAUGACAAUGAUACUAGCAGGGACAGAUAGCUCGGCGGACACAAUGGAAUGGGGGAUGUCACUCUUGCUAAAUCAUCCCGAGAUCCUCCACAAGGCAAGAGCUGAACUCGACAAUGUAAUUGGCAACGAUCGACUAGUGCAAGAAUCCGACUACGCCAAGCUUCCGUACCUCCAGUCUAUCGUCUACGAGACAUUACGCCUCUAUCCAACAGGGCCGCUUUUAAUGCCACACGAGUCGUUGGAAGACUGUGUCAUUGGAGGUUAUCCUAUUCCGAAACAGACCAUGUUGCUUGUUAAUGCGUGGGCGAUUCACAGGGACCCCGCUGUUUGGGAAGAGCCUACGAGAUUUUGGCCUGAGAGGCAUGCAGCGGGAGUGGAACCGGAUGGUCGCAAAUAUUUGCCAUUUGGUGUGGGAAGAAGGUCGUGCCCUGGGUACGGGCUGCCGUACCGUGUGGUGAGUGCAGCUUUGGGAGCUUUGAUACAAUGCUUUGAGUGGGAAAGGGUUGGUGAAGAGCUGGUAGACAUGACGGAAGGAAUUGGGCUGAUUAUGCCUAAAGCCGAGCCACUAAAAGCUUUGUGUAAACCACGGGAGUGCAUGAGAAAUGUUUUUAUCACUAUGUGAGCUGACGAUUAGACGACAUUUCGUUGUUGCUCUUGCUGCUGUUUUUCCCUUUCGGUUAGCCUUUCAUUUGGUUUUUAAUAUGUAUGAUAAUAAAUAUGUACUAAGGCUGGGAGUUGGAGCAUUUAAUUAGUUUGGUUUUGGGAUCUAAUUCAUUAAGGCUUAAUUAUUGAAGUAU